GCAGUGACCGAGGGGUGGGGUUAAUGUUUCUUUAAAGGUUACAGGGUUUUUCAGUUGAGGAUACACUUGAUAUGCACAUGUCAAAGAGCCAAGGGGAUAUCCAACAAAGGGGACAGGAUAUUGAUACCUCUGAUAUCAGGAAAGAAAGAGCAAGACCAACCUGCCAGUGGAUAGAAUGGAGAGUGUUGACAUUGAAUUCUGGUAUUUCUCUUCUCUGUAUACAAUAGUUACAGCCCUAUACAUUGGGGCAAUUAUAACUAAGGCGAGAGGGAGUCAUGAUAGGGAAUACUGGACCUUUGCACUUUUGGCUCUUGGGGGGCCUCUGUGCUUUUUGGCCCUUCCAGGCUACCGCAGUCUGCUCUUUCUGACCUGCAGCCUCUGGUUGUGCUAUGUGGUUCUGGGCAGACGAGUGGACAUGCUGACGAUGCAUGGAAGAGCUGUGCUGAUUACAGGUUGUGAUACAGGUUUUGGUCAUGCCCUAGCGAGAAGGAUUAGUGACUUGGGAGUGACUGUGUUUGCUGGGGUUCUGGAUGAGACCAGCCCAGGAGCAGUGGAGCUGAAGAGACUGGGGUCUGAGGGGCUACAAGUCCUUCAGCUAGAUGUGACAGACGCUGCGCAGAUAGAGCGGGCUCACCACUACAUUUGCACUCAGGUUGGGGACGCAGGUCUUUGGGGGAUUGUGAAUAAUGCGGGAGUCCUGGGCUAUGUGGCAGAUGGAGAGAUUCUUCCUGUGAGAGUAUACAGGAACUGCUUGGCAGUGAACUUCCUUGCUGCAGUAGAGGUCUCUCAGGUGUUUCUUCCACUGCUCCGACACUCCAGGGGCAGGCUAGUCAACGUCUGCAGUAUGGCAGGUGAUGUGCCCGUUCCUGGGUUUGUGGCCUAUGGAGCAUCCAAAGCAGCCCUGAACACCUUCUCUGGAGUGAUGAGACUAGAGUUGGCCAGAUGGGGCGUCAAUGUAUCCACAAUUCAACCUGCAGGCUUCAAGACAAAUAUUUUCGGUAGCAGUGAUGACUGGAGCCGUUACCAAGAGGAGAUCUUCACCUCUCUAUCCCAGGAUGUCCGGAAGGACUACGGCGAGGCCUACAUCUCCUCACUCCAGGCACGCUUUGCCAAGAUGGCCGUCAUGUCCUCAGAGGACCUGCGUCCCGUGCUAGAUGACAUGUGCCACGCCCUAAUGUCAGUGGCUCCCAGACCCGUCUACACCCCUGGCCAGUCGGCCUGGCUCAUUCCCUGCCUCCACCGCCUCUGCCCCACACGGUUCUAUGACAUGAUUAUUACAAGUCUGUUUCAGUUCAAUAGCAGUCUGCCAGCUGGGCUCCAGGCAGGAGCCUCAGUGGGUUCGAAGACUUGAUAACAUGUGAGAUAACUGAUAUGUGAUGUCGGGCUAUUCUUUCCCAAGGUUGUUUACGGGAAUGCUUCCAUAGAUUAGUAUCUCUCCAUCUUCCCUCAUGCUUGGUUGGCAGAGAAAUGUGACUGUUGGCUUUGUACUUUUUUGGCAGCUUCAUAAGCAAGGCUAUUGAAAACCCUUGUUAUUGUUUGAAUGUAGUAUGUUUUUGUCAAUUUCUCACAAAACAAGACAAGCCACCACAUUGGGUAACAGUUUUAAUUCAACUAUACCCUGGUCCAUGGUACAAGGAUGUGGGCUUCAUUUCCUGUGUUCAUAACCCUCAAUGCAUCUUGAAGAAAUGUACUUUUAAAAAGAGGAUAUAUAACAUCCAUUCAACUUUAAAAUAUAUGUCUAACAUCUUUGGAAGUUACCUACGGAUCAUGAAAACACAGCAGUAAAAAUAAAAUAAAAAUUGUUGCACAUAAAAACAUUGUACAGUCCUGACAUACUUCAUUUAAAUAAAAAGGCAUCCCCUCA